AUGUCGCAAACUCUUUCAGGACGGUCUGCUUCUUCCGAUCUUACCCAGUUGUAUCAACCUGUCUUCCAGAUCGACAAUGAGUUUCUACGCUUCGAGGUACCGUGUUAUCCCUGGUGGGAAGAUGAAGCUACUACAGUUCUCUGGGCAUUCAAAAAUCUCGAAAUCUGCCUAGUCAUUCGUUACGGUCUAUUUUGCGAUGAAAAUAUACCACGAAGCUCCCUCUUAAGCCGCAAUGUUACCACAAUUGAUGCUAUCUUUAAGGCGCUAAUUGAACCGGGUGAACAUCAUCUGCUUGAAAGUCUCUCUCAUGUGCAACGAGUGGAGGAAGUCUUGCGUCGAUCAGGGCUUCCACCAUUUCAGCCGGUCCCUUGGUCUUGGAUACCUCAAGCUCCAGUGCAUGCGCUCGACCCGCAGACCAUCGCUCAGGCUAUUGAGGCCGAGAGUCAUUUCCAGCUCAGUAGAGUCGCUUUUGAAGACAUCGUACGUGCCUCGCUGGGAUACACGGCGAGUUCUGUCGAGUGGUUUCUCAUGCAACACACAGCUUUGUAUAUGCACUUGUUAGAUUUUCUUCGGAUGUUUCCUGAUGGAAUUCCCGUGUACUUGGAGGUAGAAAAGCAUCUACGGCGAAAGAGCCCCUUCGCCAACCGAGCGAUAGCACAAUGCCUAGCCGCAGUACAACCCGAUCUUGCACCAGAUCUGUUUGAGAAACCUAUGAGUAGUUUUAAAUUCGUUGCCGGCCCGAUCCAACGCCUCUUUCAAGAUCGACCGGAGAGUCUUACUAAUAUGCUUAAGAUCUGCAAUUUAUUUGCUGUUCGGUUCCGCCACCAGUACAUCAGUACCUCAAAAGUGCCCUGGGACAAAGAAUUCGAUAUUUCAUACUCCUUCUUUGAAGAUUGUCUCGGAUCAUCUUCGCCACCUGAUUUGGCUCGCACCCUCAUUGCUCUAGACAAGAGAAAUUUCGCCCAUCUGACCCGAUCAAGCAUCAUUGCACAUGAUGGGAUCACAAAGCGUCUUUUAGCCAAUUGGGAAGAACUAGCCAGGUCAGUAUGGGAAUGCUGUUCCGCAAUCCCAGAAUUGACCUUUGGCCUGCGAGAAUGCGCACAGAAUCUCUUACAGCGACGAAAUUACCACUCUUCAACAGCAAUACUGCAUGGUCUCCACAAACAUAGUAUAUCGACUACACAGGCCCCCGGUAUCAACAGUCCAGCUGGGAAAAUUAUCGUUCUAGACCCUCUUGUUCCACCAGACAUGAUAUUCCUCUACGAUGCAACACAAAACUACGCCUCAUACCUUCAAUACUACGGAUAUCACCCGGGAAUACCAUUUUUACUCCCGCAUCUUCGCGAUCCGCGUCUGACGACAUUCUUCCUUGUGACCACUUGGCUAGCUGUUGCCAGCCUCAGCUCCAUAAUUGCGCAUUGCGCAAGUCUUCUUCUUGACCGCGCAACGCAUGACCUAGCUAGUGGUAGCGGCUGCAUUCUGGACAUAGAAUUCAAACACCUCAUGAACAAAGUCUUUGGUGGAGCACUUGCAGUGGCAAUUCUUUCAGCUUUGCUUUCAAUUUUUGGAACCGCUCUUCUUUUUCAGCCGAGAUUGCUGAGCAAGGACAGUCAGGCUCGGGCUUUUUACGGCUGCAUCCAACUUUUGUUGAUCUUUCCUCUUGUAUGCAUCGAAGGUUACCUUGCCAGUCAGGUCCCCGGCUUUCAGUCCUCUUUCAAAUUCUUCACAAGCCAGGAUCAUACUCCGUACUACGAGAUCAUGUAUUAUGGCGCUAUGAGCAAAGCUAUCUUCGGCACUCUGGUGGCCAUUUUCUAUCUGGUUUAUGCUUUCGCAUGUCAUUGA